AACCAGUUUACAAAUUCUAGUGUCUCAUUCGUUUGUUUCUCUCUCUCUCUCUCUCUCUCAAACUUAUUUUACUUAUUUAUCCUUCUUUACUCUUUCUCUUCUUCUACUUAAGAAGCAUAAUAAGAGAGAAACACAUACCAGUAGCCUUUCUAGGUUCUUUACCACUCUACACUACUCAUUCAUUUCAUCACCUUAUACCAAAAUCUAUAUAUAAGACUAUAAGAGUCUCAUUUUAGAACAUUCAUUCAUUUUCAAAGAAAAUUUUGGAAGUGUUAAAAGAAAAAAUGGAUAUGUCAAAUUAUUCACAAUACAAUAGUGAAAGUGAAUCUGGUUGGACUAAUUACUUGGACCAUUCAUCUUUUUCUGAACAACAUUUCAAUAGGAAAAAUGGAAAAGUUGAUUAUGAAGCAACAAUGGAAGAAGAGGAAGAAGAAGAAGAAGAAGAUUUAUCCAUGGUUUCUGAUGCUUCUUCUGGACCUCCAAACUAUCAUGUAGAAGAAGAUUAUCAACAACCUUAUUGUGUAAAUUGGAAUUCUUCAACUUCCAAAAAGAAGGUCAAAGAAUUUGGUAGAAAAAGUCAACACUCUUCACAAUCACUUCUUGAUGAUACUGCUAGUUCCCCUGUUUUUAACUAUCCUAAGAAGAAAAUCAAUUUCUCAGAAAAUGGAGUAGUGGAAAAUACACUUGAUUCUUCCCCUUCUUUCUCUGCAACAAGAACAAAGAGAAAGACUAAAUUCCAGAAGCAUUCAAGUUUCUUAGAGCAUUCUCGUGGUGGAAAACAAGCUUCACAGGAACCAGGUGGUUUUGAUGAUGAAGAAAGGAAAUGAAUAAUUGAACCAUAGCUUUCUAUGUCUUAGAAUCUAAAAUUAAGGGAUGUGAAAGGAGAUGCAAGUUGUUGAAGGACAAAGGGAUGUAAAAAUAAAGAAGGAAUAGUUGUUUGGAUGUAAUUUUGCUGUUUUUUUUAAAUAUGUUUGUGUCCCACUGCGAAUGCAGUUUGGAACAACGUAAGAACAGUGCUUCUGAUUCCAUUUUCUUAGUUGACAUAAGUAGCAGACAUGUCUUGGAUCACUAGGUCUUCUUCAUAGUCAUCACAUUACAUUCUAUAAUCAUUCAUUGUGUUUAACUU